GGCUCAGCUUCCUUUAUUGUUUUUCUGGGGGCUCCUGCGCUGGGUCACGGGGGUGCAAGAUGGAAGAUGGCGAAAACACGCCUGAGGAGAACCCCCACCCCCACACCCACCCCUACAUGAUCUUCCCCCUGGUCCUCCUCUUCUUCUUGACCGGCCUGCUGGGCUUCCUGGUCUGCCAUGUGCUGAAGAAGAAGGGAUACCGGUGCCGGACGGACGAGCUGGAGGACGAGUGUGAGGACAAGCUGGCAGGAGAGGCUGAAGAGGAUGAAACGGCAGACCCCAACCAGGACACGGUGGAGCAGAUCGUCAAGUGCAUAAUCGAGAACGAAGCAAAUGUGGAAGCUCUCAGGGAGAUGCUCGUAAAUCAGGAGCUGGCAGAUUCUGUGGAUUCCAGACUUCCACGCCAGGACAGCACAGGAAACGUGCCACCGCAUCACCACACCGUGCACUCGGCCAGCGACCGCACCGUGUGCCACCACUGCAGCCAGGGCCGGGCGAAGAGGACGCGAGGACGAGCGAGGCUGCCACGAGGGAAGGGCCGUCCGGGGGAAGUCACCGUCUUCUCGGUGGGAAGGUUCCGAGUCACCCACAUUGGGAAGAAGCCCAGCCUGCAGGAGACGGAAAGCCCCCCACGCACAGAUCCAACCAAAUCGGGCUUAGACUCGUCCGAAGACAUCGCCGAUGGCGUAACACUGAAGGCUGAAGGAUUGUCACAGCCAGAGUCGGAGCAGCACGACAAGUGCACACUUCAGGACAUGUUUAAGGGGGUCUCCGCCGAUGAGACCCACACUCCUGGCCAGAAGGACGAGGAUCAGGCCGACUUCAAUUCAAAGCCAACCCAGGAGGAAGUGCAGGCGGAGGACCCCGACGACAGGGGGGUCUCCAAGGUGGGGGAGCGGCUUGGUGAUUUGUCUUCUCGCGACUCGGUGGAUCUGACAGAAACUCCGACUCUCGUCUCCUCAUCCAGAGAAAUCUGCUAUGAAAUGGUGGAUCUGACCAACGGGACCACUCAAAUGGAGGACCUUAAAGACGACAUGGUCCAAAUGGAGGAUAUCAAGGACUGUCGAGUGAGUCAGACGGAGGACCCUGACAAGUCGCCUCGCAGCCAUCAAAUGGCGGAGAACAACAACCGCAAGCGCGCCAUUGCUCACAGUCUCCACUCGAAAUGGUAGAAGAAGAACUGAACACCAGGAGACCCUUGACGGUGGGGUGGGUGGGGGGGUCACCCAAUUAUCCCUUAAAUGCUGGUCCAGUGUAUUAAGCGUGUCGUCAAUCUUCCCCAACAGUUCCUUUUAUGUUGGUACGUCGGGAGGACAGGCUCAGACGCUGCCUGGUGGACGUCUCCCCAGAACCAGCCUAUCUUUUAACGUGAAACAAAAACGGCGGAAAACAAAGAGAGAAAGUCACGUGAAGAAAUUAAGAAUGCACGUCUGUUUUGAACGAGCUACUAAAGCCUCGUAGAAAAUGUGCAGAGGAGAGCACAAUGCAUCAGCUAAGAUGAGCGCAAAAUGGACUGGAGAGUACAUUUAUUUACCGUAUGGACAAACGAGAGGCUCCCGGCUUCAGAAAAAGUUUAGGAGCAUCGUGAACGAAGGGCACAGAAAGGGCGACUUCGAGAGCCAUGGCAGCCAGCGGCUUCGCAUUACUCAUCGCAAAUAAUCAAUGAAGGCCACGUCAACUAGAAGGGCGUCUGAAUACGGGAUGGCAGGCGGAGGACGGCUGCAGUAACCGCAUCUGCUCUGCCCGGCCUUGUAACAUAAGCAGCUUCUCGCAGUCUCCUUCUCCACGGGAGGUGAACCUCAGCACACAUACGGGACGCCGACCCGCACACAAAAUUCAGGAUUAGAGGGAAUGGGUUUGAAAAACGAGCGUCACUUUGAUUGGCUUAAAGCUUCUGUAAGGCACACCAGGUGAUUUGUGAUUUCAAAGUCGGCGAGUCCAAUUCAAGGCCAUGGCAGCACUGGGCAGAAGCAGCAAUUCAGUCCAUCCCCAGGUCCGUGCACUCUUAUGGAGGUACAUUUAGGGUCACACGUCCACCUACCGGGCACAUCUUUGGGGGCGUGGGUGGGAAACCCAUGGGAGGAAUGUGUGAACGUCACAAAGACCAGGGAUACAAACCAAGGAUGGUCGAUUCAUCAGGCAGCAUUGCUAGCUAACCACUGCACCACCUCACCACACCACACCACCGGAAGAUUCUUUAAUUCAGGGGUCUGCAAAGACAGGCUUGGUGGGCUGCAGGUUGCUGUUUGUUCCACCCCAGUUUCUUACAGGGAAGUCUGUUAUUGCACAAGCAACAAUUUUAGUGGUCCUGCCACUUUUAAUUGCUGACUUUAGUCUUAAACAGCUGCAUUCGCAUUUGCAGGUUUUAAAUGGCUCCUUAUUAGAUAAAAAUGACAAAGGGACCAGCAGUUCUGUCAUCCAAGUGGUCUCCCUUUACACCGGAGUGUGUCCUCCAUUGUGAAUGAAAUAUUUGUGAAGGAAACGGAAGUGAAGAAGAGUCACUGGAGAGAAGAAAAAAACAUCUAAGACAUGGCAGAAUACACAGACAGAUAGAUAGAUAGAUAGAUAGACAGACAGACAGACAUGAAAGGCA